ACACACACACACACACACUCCCUCACAGGCACGCGGCGCGCGCUCUCUACUGGACACUGGCUCACGCUCUCUCUUGUCCUUCUCAAGCCCGCGGACUUUUGCGCUUUCAAAAGCAGGUCUGUGAUUGAAUUGGAAACUAGCUUCCAAAUGACACAUUUUCCGAGGUGUGACAAAAGAAGCGGGAGCAAAAGGUGAAUAUGGUCAGUCAAGGAGGCAAAUCAACAUGCACAGCCUGCUGCAUGAAGAACAAAGUUGACUGACUCAGACAUUGACUGUCUGAGCCUAAAUGUGUCAGACGAAGCCGUGGACAAUUAGCAGAUCUAAAGGCCUUCAUAGCGUCUCAUUUUAGAACACACAGCUGUCAAAAAAGGGGUCAACUGAAACUGUCUGUGCCAACAGCACGUUUGGGAGUAUUUUUUCUCCUUGGUUGUGUUGAGAACUAAGCGAUGGCCAUGGUGAGAGGGGGGUGGGGAGAUCCCAAUGGGGAGACUAAUGGACUUGGUGGUGACAAGGGUUACCUGAGGGGAGAUGAGGACGAUGGGUCACCACAAGGAGGCGGCAGCGACAUGGAGGCCGGGGACGAUGAUAAAAGUUGUGUGGUGGACUGUGUGGUCUGUGGUGACAAGUCCAGUGGGAAACACUACGGUGUGUUUACCUGUGAGGGCUGCAAGAGCUUCUUCAAACGGAGUGUCCGGCGAAACCUCAACUAUACCUGCAGAUCGAACCGAGACUGCCAGAUUGACCAACAUCACCGUAACCAGUGUCAGUACUGCCGUUUAAAAAAGUGUUUCCGAGUGGGAAUGCGCAAAGAAGCAGUUCAGCGUGGACGUAUCCCACCUUCGCAUUCGAGCCUCAGCCCAUCUACGACUCCAGUGGGCGGUAAUGCCGGGAGCGGCGUGAGCGAGUUCUACAACGGGCAGCCGGUGUCCGAGCUCAUCUCCCAGCUCUUGCGGGCAGAGCCCUACCCCAACAGCCGCUACAGCCAUCAAUACAGCCAGCAGAUGCAGGGGGGCGGAGGAUCGGCCAUGGGCAUCGACAGCAUCUGUGAGCUAGCUGCAAGACUCCUGUUUAGCACCAUCGAAUGGGCUCGAAACAUUCCUUAUUUCCCUGAGCUGCCUGUAUCUGAGCAGGUGGCCCUUCUGCGGCUCAGCUGGAGUGAACUGUUUAUCCUUAACGCGGCCCAAUCUGCCCUGCCACUGCACAUGGCCCCGCUGCUUGCCGCCGCAGGCUUUCACUCCUCUCCCAUGUCUGCUGAGAGGGUGGUGUCCUUCAUGGACCAGGUGCGCAUCUUCCAGGACCAAGUGGAGAAGCUGACCCGCCUGCAGGUGGAUACAGCAGAGUACAGCUGUCUAAAGGCCAUAGCGCUCUUCUCACCAGAUGCGUGUGGGCUGACAGACCCAGCUCAUGUGGAAAGCCUGCAGGAAAAAGCUCAGGUGGCCCUGACCGAGUACGAGCGCAUGCAGUACCCUGGACAACCCCAGCGCUUUGGGCGGCUCCUUCUGCGACUGCCCGCUCUGAGGGCGGUGCCCGCCAGCCUAAUUUCUCAGCUCUUCUUUAUGCGCCUUGUGGGGAAAACGCCUAUUGAGACGCUCAUCCGUGACAUGCAGCUGUCUGGCAGCUCCAUCAGUUGGCCGUAUGCUCCAGGACAAUAAUCAUGAUCAGAUGUGACCACAGAACCAGUCUGGAAGUCUUGGUCUGAUUUUUUUUUUUUUAACCACACAUUCACAUCUGAUAUUGACUGUAUUCCCUAAUGCAACAGGGUCAACUGGGUGAAUUCAGUAGUACAUUGCAGAUGGUGUGAUUUAUGUUCUGUGAACUGUUUUAUGAAGCCCAGAAGCAUUCUUUAAAAAUUACUUGAGAAAUACUGGUUAUCUGCCAGCCAAAGGUAAGAUGUUAGGUACAGUUUAAUCACCAGUUAUUAGUUAUUGCGUGGAAAUUGGUUAAAAAACCCAAAACAACAAGCUCUCUCAGUUGGGUGUGAACAUAAGUCACUUUGGACUGUCCCUGGAGGCACCAGGAAAUCAAGUCACACUCAUUCUCUGUUCUGCCCUGUCCUUGUGUACCAGAAAGCCUGAAGGAGGAGGAAAGAGACACAAUGACAUCCUGCCAUCCAAAAACCCAAACAAAUCAAACCGAAACAGUCUGAAUUAAGACUUAAGCAUUUGUUUUGUCAGUGAUAACUACUUGGCAUAUGUAUUGUUUAGCUCUUUUACCCUAUCAAUGCUAAUGCGUUUCUUUGAGAGACUGAAAUUGGCAAAAGCUGGUGCAAAGAUUGGAUUAUGUUUUCCAUUUGACGGAAUAUUUGUGGACUGUAUUUGUACGUUGCGUUAAGAUACAAACUUAUAUCUUGAAGAAUUAUUGAUAUUUCUAUAACGCAUUUGAGAUAAAUGACAGAUGAAGUAGUCAUGGCUUUUUUUUUUCUCCCCCAGAUAGAAACCAGUGAACAUUCUUCAUGGAAGAGGUGUUCAUCUACAUGCAUAAGACGCUUAUGCUAAACUGGUAAUAGUCACAUUAUGUAUUGUCGACCAAAAGAAAUACCUCUAGUCUGUUGAGACUCAAACGGUCUCUGUCAUUCACGGCUGUGUCAGUGUAUUUCAAAUUUAUCUACACACUUGAGCUGCUCACUUUACACUAAAGAGGAGUGAUUGGAUCUAUCUGUCUGUUAUGUUUGUUACGAAGGCUGUUUUUGGCAAGAAACUGGCACUUCCUGUUUUGUCUUUUGUGCUCUGGUGUGGCGUUUCACCGGUGACAGCAUGUUGUUUUGGCUAUAGUUGUGAGAUGUACGUUUUCUAGCCUUCUCAUACAUCUGAAUGACUAAUAUUACCUCAUAUUUAGGCCUUGAAACAUAUCAGGUGGUCUAAUAUACAUAAACGCAUCAAAACGGCAACAUGUACAGUUUUCAUUUUAAUAUCUUUGUCUUUUUAAAUACUGGUGUAUGACAGCUUGAUUAAACAAAAUUAUCAUACA